AUGAGCGUGCUUCCUGAAUUUCGGGAGGUCAUGGCAUCGCCACUGCGUCAUGACCUUACCGAACUGCCAGGAUUGGACUACUUGUCCUCCCCAACAGGCGCUAUCAAGGAAGCUCAGGAGCUGGCAGCAGCGGCAUUUGGCGCUGACGCCACCUGGUUUCUGGUGAAUGGCACAACUGUGGGCAUCCAGGCAGCGGUCCUGGCCACCUGUGGCCCAGCAGAUGCCCUCAUCCUUGCGCGCAACUGCCACCUCGCAGCCUUCUCUGCUAUGGCGCUCGCAGGCUGCCACCCCAUCUACGUCAUGCCAGUGCAGGAUGAAAACCUUGGCAUUGCACAUGGGAUCACACCGGACGCACUGAGGCGAGCCUUCAGCAAUGCGUCAAGCGAUGGCCGGCACGUUGGGGCCGUCUUAGUGGUGUGUCCGACCUAUUUUGGCAUAACCAGCGACAUCGCACAGCUGGCGUCCAUCUGUCACGAGCAUGGAGCGCCCCUUCUGGUGGACGAAGCCCACGGCGGUCACUUCGCCUUCCAUGCCAGCUUCCCCGCGCAUGCCCUGGCUCAGGGCGCUGACGUGACCAUCCAGUCGACCCACAAGGUGCUCUCGUCACUCGGACAGUCAUCGAUGCUCCAUGUGAAGGGAGACCGCGUCAGCCAUGAAUGCAUCUCCAGAGCAUUGCAGACACUUCAGUCAUCCAGUCCCAGCUAUCUGCUGCUUGCUUCGCUGGACGCAGCGAGAGCGCAUGCGCAGCUGCCCGACACCUUCCAGGAGCCAUUGGACGCCGCGGCGGCUGCCAGGCAGCUGCUGCGGGAGCUGCCCGGCUCUGGCCUCCUGGACGACCACAUCCAGACAGGCACUGAUGGGAUUCAUGGGGUGGAUCCCCUGCGCCUGACCCUUGUUGCCAACAGCCUCGGCAUGAGCGGAUUUGCAUUGGACGAUCUGCUGCAGCGUGAAUUUGGCGUCUGCGCCGAAAUGUCCACCGACAAGACGGUGGUGUUUGCACUGGGCCCCGGGUCGAGGAUGGAGCAUGUGCGACAGCUGGCAGCCGCGCUGUCGUCCAUCCGGGGGCGUUCCAGGAGCCCCAGUCAGCAGCGAUCACAGCCGCCUUUGCAGAGUGCCGCGGCGCGCUCAUCGCUGCCGGAAAUGCGGCUAACUCCACGGGAGGCCUUCUUUGCGCGGACAGCGAGGGUGUCGGCGCAUGAGGCAGUGGGCAGGAUAUGUGCGGAGCUGCUGUGUCCCUACCCGCCUGGAGUGCCUGCAGUGGUGCCUGGGGAGCUGCUCACGACAGAUGUCAUAGAAAUGCUGCGACAAGUUGCUUCUGGGGGUGGAAAGGUGGCAGGCGCAGCGGACAGCAGCCUGGAAACCUUUGCGGUGAUCUUGGAAGCUUCCUAG